GUCAUUUGAUUAUUAAGACCCACUGGCAUAAGAUUACAUCCUUUGCCUAUAAAAAUCCUGGAAGAAAACCUAGGAAAUAUUCAUCAGGACACUGCACUUGGCAAUGAAUUUAUGGAUAGAAAAUGCAGUUGAAAGAUAUUUCAUACAGGAAAAAAAGAAGUAUGAAUACAGCUUUAACCAUUUAUUUUGGUGGAGUCUUUAAGAUUUUCUCUAUCUUGAAUGCGCAAGGCGCGGGGAGCCUAGGACCCGGAGCGAGAGCGGCCUACCUGCAGCCGCCGCCCACUGCACGGCGGCCACCAUGGCGCUCCUGCUGCGCUUCGUGCUCCUGUGCGGAGUCGCGGAUUUCACCAGAAGUUUGAGUAUCACUACUCCUGAGCAGAUGAUUGAAAAAGCCAAAGGGGAAACUGCCUAUGGGCCAUGCAAAUUUACGCUUAGUCCCGAAGACCAGGGACCACUGGACAUCGAGUGGCUGAUAUCACCAGCUGAUAAUCAGAAGGUGGAUCAAGUGAUUAUUUUAUAUUCUGGAGACAAAAUUUAUGAUGACUACUAUCCAGAUCUGAAAGGCCGAGUACAUUUUAAGAGUAAUGAUCUCAAAUCUGGUGAUGUAUCAAUAAAUGUAACGAAUUUACAGCUGUCAGAUAUUGGCACAGAUCAGUGCAAAGUGAAAAAAGCUCCUGGUGUCGCAAAUAAGAAGAAUCAGCUGGUAGUUCUUGGUGAGCCUUUAGGUACAAGAUGUUACGUUGAUGGAUCAGAAGAAAUUGGAAGUGACUUUAAACUAAAAUGUGAACCAAAAGAAGGUUCACUUCCAUUACAGUAUGAAUGGCAAAAAUUGUCUGACUCACAAAAAAUGCCCACUUCCUGGUUAGCAGAAAUGACUUCGUCUGUUAUAUCUGUAAAAAAUGCUUCUUCUGAGUACUCUGUGACAUACAGCUGUACAGUCAGAAACAGAGUGGGCUCUGAUCAGUGCCUGUUGCGUGUAGACGUUGUCCCUCCUUCAAAUAAAGCUGGACUAAUUGCAGGAGCCAUUAUAGGAACUUUGCUUGCUCUAGUGCUCAUUGGUCUUGUCAUCUUUUGCUGUCGUAAAAAGCGCAGAAAAGAAAAAUAUGAAAAGGAAGUUCAUCACGAUAUCAGGGAAGAUGUGCCGCCUCCAAAGAGCCGUACCUCCACUGCCAGAAGCUACAUAGGCAGUAAUCAUUCAUCCCUGGGAUCCAUGCCUCCUUCCAACAUGGAAGGAUAUUCCAAGACUCAGUAUAACCAAGUACCAAGUGAAGACUUUGAACCCACUCCUCAGAGUCCGACUGUCCCACCCGCUAAGGUAGCUGCCCCUAAUCUAAGUCGAAUGGGCGCGGUUCCUGUGAUGAUUCCCGCACAGAGCUAGGAUGGGUCUGUAGUAUAGAGCCUCCAUACGUCUCAUCUGUGCUCUCCAUGUUCCUUUCCUUUUUUUUGAUAUAUGAAAACCUAUUCUGGUCUAAAUUUUGUUACUAGCCUCAAAAUAUAUCAAAAAAAUAAGUUAAUCAGGAACCGUAAGGAAUAUAUUUUUAAAAAUUUUUGUUUGGUUAUAUCGAAAUAGUUACAGGCAUUAAAGUUAGUAAAGACAAGUUUACCAUCUGAAAAA